GGGGACGCGCGGCUGCGCUCGGCGCCAGCUGGGGCGGGCAGCUCCGCGGUGCGCAGCGGGAUGGGGGCGCCUGGGGGGCUUAGCACUGUCCUGCUUUGUGGGGGUUGCCGGUGCCUGCUGGGGGUGGGGGGAGUGUUGAGAUAGCGGCUCCGGUGUUGUGAAGCUGAGGGGGUUUCCUACUUUCCUGAGCCUCUCAGGAGGACUGGGAGGCCUAGCUGGGGUUGGCUCUGAGGGGCAGCGGCGGAGCCCGCGGUCAGCGGGGCUUCCCCAGCCUGGUGGGGAGGACAGGCAGGCUGUCGCUACCAGGGCCCGUCGUGUCCCCCGGCCCGGGCGGGGAUGGGGCUGUGGGGUGUGGGUGUCUCUGGGGAAAAGCCUUACAGGGUCGAAUCUCUGCUCUAUCUCUGCUUUUACUGUCCAUUUGAGUGCAAAUCCUGCUCUGCAGCCUCAAGCCGCUUGAAUGCUGCUUAAUAUGUAUGAUGUAUAUAACGCGUAUGCUGUAGGAAAGGAUGCUUCUGCGUGCUUCUGAAAAAACAACACAGAUGUGUAGGAUGAGGUUGUUCAGCUCCAAAAUGUUGUCUCGGUGUCUGUGCCAAGUUCACAAAUGUGUCUUUCUGAGCAACUUCAAACUGAAUUCAAUAAAUGUGGCUACUUUGGCCAGAAGGAUCCAUUCUUCAGCAAAAAAGCUUUCUGACAGUGAAUUAAAGGAACAAACUGUCCCAAAAUGUGAAACUGAAGAGAUGCCUCCAAGUACAGAAGACAAUAAUUUUGGAAGAUUGCACACACCAGUGAUGCUGGAGGAGGUUGUUAAUUGUUUAUCCCCCCAGCCAGGCCAGUGUUUCCUGGAUAUGACAUUUGGAGCCGGAGGCCACACGACAGCUCUGCUGGAGAAAAGCAGAGACAUCACAGUAUAUGCACUGGACAGGGACCCCACGGCUUAUAAAAUAGCCCAGCAGCUUUCAGAAUCAUACCCGAAACAGAUUCGAGCUCUUCUAGGACAGUUUAGCCAGUCAGAGGCUUUGUUAAUCUCCUCUGGAGUUGAGCCGGGGACUCUGGAUGGAGUUCUCUUGGAUGCAGGCUGUUCUUCUAUGCAGUUUGAUACACCUGAAAGAGGUUUUUCCCUGCAGAAGGAUGGACCUUUGGACAUGAGGAUGGAUGGUGACAGGUACCCUGACAUGCCCACCGCUGCUGAUGUUGUGAAUGCUUUAGAUCAACAGGCACUUGCGUCCAUCCUGAGAACAUACGGGGAGGAGAGGCACGCCAAGAAAAUCGCUUCAGCCAUCGUUCAGGCACGCAGCAUAUACCCCAUCACCAGAACUCAGCAGCUUGCAAGCAUUGUUGCAGGUGCUUUUCCAGCAUCAGCACUGUAUGCACGGAAGGACUUGCUUCAGAGACCGGCGCAUGUUGCGACCAAAACUUUUCAAGGGCUGCGAAUAUUUGUAAAUGAUGAGCUCCAUGAACUCUUUAUAGGGCUGAAGACAGCAGAGAAGUUUCUAAAACCUGGAGGUCGCCUUGUAGCCCUCUCCUUUCAUUCACUAGAAGAUCGUAUUGUCAAGCGUUUUCUUCAUGGAAUAGACAUGACAGAAAAGUACAAUCUUGGCUCAAGGCAGAAGAUAAGACAGGCUCUGAAAAAUUGCUCCAAAGAAGAAGAUGCACAAGAAUUUCCCCAUGGAAAAUCCAACUCAAGGUGGAUUUUUAUACAGAAAAAAGCUCUCACACCCCAGUCCAAGGAUAUUCAAACAAACCCAAGAGGAAGGUCGGCCAAGCUAAGAGCUGCUAUUAAAAUCUAGAACAAAAUAUAUGAUGAUGUAAUUGUAUAAUUUCAUUAAAUUUUGUUUUGUAGAAGGCUGACUGGACAGAUAAUAUAAAACAGAAAAUUAAAUGAAGGCUGUGAGAAAACAUUUGUUUCUUACCUUUGUGCUUCUUUUUCAUUAGGAUGUAGUGGAGAGCAUAAAAACGUAGAAUAAGUGUAGAUAGUGGGUGUCACUAAGUAUACGAGGAAGACAUCAAAACCAAAGUUUAUAAAAAUUACAGGUUUGAUGUAUUAACAUUAUUUCCUUUAGAUUAAAUUAAAAACCCUGAUGUUAACAGUCUAAAUUCAGUAGCUGAUUGAGAAAGACACAUUUAUGGGACUGGAUUCCACACACCUAAGUCAGAUGGCUGGUUUAGUCUAGAGUAAGUUUAAACUGACCUAAGAACUGAUGGUAUAUAAGUCUCUGUAUCUCAAUUUACUUGUUACAUGAAUGUCAGUGGGACAAGAGCUAGUUCUUAAAUAAAUUGAUAUCAGAAUCUAA